AUGUAUACAAUCCUCUCUGUAAACAUCAAGCUUGAAAAAAGCAAAACCAUGACAGGACUCUUGGUCAACCUCAGGCCGCUCAGAUUAAUGAACAUCCAAAAUGACCAAGAAUACUCUGCAAGAUUCCGUCCCACUAGGAUUGCUGAGACACAAGACGCCUGCAGCAGGAUUCACUUUAGCAUUCCCUUUUCCUGUGGACAUCUUUUAUAUGAAAACAUACUCUCUCAAAAAAAAAAACACUUUAUCGUGCCUCCCCGUCGGGGAAUCGAACCCCGGUCUCCCCGCGUGACAGGCGGGGAUACUCACCACUAUACUAACGAGGAACUACACGACAGCCGCGCUUCAAAUAGGCAUCUUAACCUGUGUCAGUCUGCUCCGCCCACCCAUCGGAAUUCCCCCAGCCCCGCGCUAUCCCGCAUUCCCAAAAAGCGCAGCGCACAUUCUGUGUCGCUCUGUCUAGGUUCCUGCUCGCUAGCGGGCGGGGAACGCUCCAGCCAUGCCGAGACGUCGGAUACUUGCUCCUUGGCCCCUCACCCCGGGCUUCCGUGUGCCAGACCCAAGCACCUGCACCUCCGCUGCAGCGUCGACUUCCCUCGCCGGACGCUGACCGGGACCGCCGCCCCUCCACCGGUGCAGUCUCAGCAGGAUCAUCUGCGUCAGCCUGGUACGAUUUUGGAUACGAAGGACCUUACAAUAGAGAAAGUAGUCAUCAAUGGACAAGAAGUCAAAUAUACUCUUGGAGAAAAGCAAGGUUACAAAGGAGCACCGAUGGAAAUCUCUCUCCCUAUUGCUCUGAGCAAAAACCAAGAAGUUGUCAUAGAAAUUUCCUUUGAGACCUCGCCUAAGUCUUCUGCUCUUCAGUGGCUCACACCUAAGCAGACCUCAGGGAAGCAGCACCCAUAUCUCUUCAGUCAAUGCCAGGCUAUCCACUGCAGGGCAAUUCUUCCUUGCCAGGAUACUCCUUCUGUGAAACUAACCUACAGUGCAGAGGUGUCUGUCCCAAAAGAACUAGUUGCUCUUAUGAGUGCCAUCCGUGAAGGAGAAACUCCAGACCCAGAAGACCAGAGCAGAAAAAUAUACAGAUUCAGCCAAAAAAUCCCAAUACCCUGCUACCUAAUUGCAUUAGUUGUUGGAGCUUUAGAAAGCAGGCAAAUCGGCCCAAGGACAUUGGUAUGGUCUGAGAAAGAACAGGUGGAAAAGUCUGCUUAUGAAUUUUCAGAGACUGAAUCUAUGCUUAAAAUUGCAGAAGAUCUGGGAGGCCCUUAUGUUUGGGGCCAAUAUGACCUGUUAGUACUGCCCCCAUCUUUCCCUUACGGCGGCAUGGAAAAUCCUUGCCUCACAUUCGUAACUCCUACUCUGCUGGCAGGUGACAAGUCACUUUCCAAUGUUAUUGCACAUGAAAUAUCUCAUAGCUGGACAGGAAAUCUUGUAACCAACAAAACUUGGGAUCACUUUUGGUUAAAUGAAGGACAUACUGUGUACUUGGAACGCCACAUUUGUGGACGAUUGUUUGGAGAGCGAUUCAGACAUUUUCAUGCUCUAGGAGGAUGGGGAGAACUACAAAAUACGAUCAAGACCUUUGGGGAUACAAGUCCUCUCACCAAACUUGUGGUUGAUCUAACAGGUGUGGAUCCUGAUGUAGCAUAUUCUUCAGUGCCCUAUGAGAAGGGCUUUGCUUUACUUUUUCAUCUGGAACAGCUUCUUGGUGGCCCAGAAGUUUUCCUUGGAUUCCUAAAGGCUUAUGUUGAGAAAUUUUCCUACAAGAGCAUAACCACUGAUGACUGGAAGAAUUUCCUAUAUUCCCAUUUCAAAGAUAAGGUUGAUAUUCUCAAUCAAGUUGACUGGAAUACUUGGCUCUACUCUCCUGGACUGCCCCCUGUAAAACCCAAUUAUGAUAUGACUCUGACAAAUGCUUGCAUUGCUUUAAGUCAAAGAUGGAUUACUGCCAAAGAAGAUGAUCUCAGUUCAUUCAGUGCAGCAGACCUGAAAGAUCUCUCUUCUCAUCAGUUGAAUGAAUUUUUAGCACAGUUGCUCCAGAAAGCACCUCUUCCCUUGGGGCACAUAAAGCGAAUGCAAGAGGUGUAUAACUUCAAUGCCAUUAACAAUUCUGAAAUACGAUUCAGAUGGUUACGGCUUUGCAUUCAAUCAAAAUGGGAGGAAGCAAUUCCAUUGGCUCUAAAAAUGGCAACUGAGCAAGGAAGAAUGAAAUUUACACGACCCUUAUUCAAGGACCUUGCUGCCUUUGACAAAUCGCAUGACGAGGCUGUGUCUGCCUACCAAAAGCACAAAGCAAGUAUGCACCCGGUGACUGCCAUGCUAGUGGGCAAGGACUUGAAAGUGGAUUAAGAUCCUGCCCAUUGCUGAUUUCACACUUCGUUUUUUUAAAAAUUGAAUCAAGGAAAUAUGAACCUCAAGCUUUUGAUUGUUUUAUGAGUGAUUUUCAUAAAUAAAGCUGAGCUACC